AUGGGCAAACUUAGUGAUGAUCACUCAAAGCAAUUGUUACUAAAGGCAGCUGAUCUGGAGCAAUAUUCGGAUUCCUCACUGUCAGAUUCAAAAGCAAUAUUGAAAAUAUGUGAUGGUCAACCGCUUGCACUGAGUACUGUAGGCAAAUUCAUGCGAAAAAGAAGUUUGAUGGAAGGACCUGACUGGGAUGGUAUUUGCAACCAGCUACGUUGUCAUCUGGGGAGCGACGAUUCCUUAGACAGAGUGCAUCAGGCGCUUAUGCAUGAGUACACCAGCUUACCAAGCUGUGCUAUCAAAGCUUGCUUGCUAUAUUUUGCUAUGUUCCCGAGUGAUCAUCGAGUCAAGCCCCAAAGGAUAAUGAGGCAAUGGUUAGCUGAGGGGUUUGUAGAACCAGAAAAUUCAUUGGGUGAUACAGCUGACAAAUGUUUCGAGGAGCUCCUGGAUCGAAGCAUUGUCCAUCCCAUUGAGGUUAGCAAUAACAAGACAGUGAAGACAUGCAGAACAUAUGGCAUGAUGCAUGAGUACGUAAUGUUCAAAUCUCUCUCUGAAAACCUCAUUAUGUUGUGUGAUAAUGGCAAUUAUCAGAACUCUAAAAGUAAUGGGAAUUUCCAAACUACACAACAUCGUUGCCUUUCUCUUCAAGACAGCAGUAUAUCAGAUAGUAGCAGUUUGGACAGUGAUCUAUCUCUUGUCAGAACUCUGAUAGUCUUCGGGAAGGCAGGAUCUAUGUUGAAUUUUGACAGCCUUCCAAAGAAGAUAGAAAAUCUGAAACUUUUGGAGACACUUGAUCUAAGGAGAACGGCGAUAAACAUCCUGCCAAAGGAAGUUUUCCAGUUGCCCCAUUUAACUCAUCUUUUUGGAAAGUUUAAGCUUCCUGACAAAGCUAUACCUUCAGAACAAUGUAAGUUGCAGAUGGUUAAAGGAUUUAUUAUCGACGAACGCGUAGGGUAUGAUGCAUUUUUGGGUCGUAUGAAGAAAUUGCACAACGUCAAGAUCUGGUGCGAAUCAUCUGCGACCAAUACUAGCCUGACUAGUCUUCAGAAGGCCAUACAAGAGUUCAUUCGUGAUGAGAAAGAUGCAAAAAAGGACCGUCGUUCUCUGUCAAUCCAAUUCGACGCAUGCUCAGAAGACUUUUUAAAAGGCUGGGAAGGUCAAUACUAUCUUAGGUCGUUGAAACUAAAUGGUAUGUUAGAGGAACUGCCCGGAUUUGUUACCAGACUGCGUGGUCUCAAGGAGUUGUGCCUUCAAUCAACUAAACUGAAGGCAGCUCUUCUCACAGCAUUGGGUACUCUUGAACACUUAAAGUACCUGAAGCUAAUCGCUGGCGAACUUGAUGAUUUUGUCCUCCAGCGCAAUGCAUUGCCAUCUCUUGUCUGCAUACGUUUUGUCCUGAAAAGUCCAACACUCCCAAAAAUGGAACAUGGUGCUAUGCCAAUACUCAAAUCGCUUCAGCUGCUCUGUGAUGGUCUAAAUGGACUUUCUGGUCUACAAAUUAAUUACUUCACACACCUGAGGGAAGUAAUUCUUGAUGCUGGAGUUGAGGUCAACAGUACUACAAUACAAAACUGGCAAGAUGCGGCUGCGAAUCAUCCCAACAGACCAAAAGUUAUUUUGCUUAAUGCGCUUGAUUCAACUGAGGGUGCUUCUAUACAAGGUUCUGCAGAGUCAUGGGCAAAUAAAAAUGGAGCUGAAACCCAUAUGCUACCUAAUGGAUUGAUGACUGAAUCUUCCAUUGCUAGCAACAUCACGGUGGAAUCUUGA